UCGUCGAGUAUCCUCCCAUUUUCAUUUCCAGAUCGGCGGUGACGUCACGACUUGAGCGGAGCUAAGACCGUGCUCGUGAUCAGUACGGAACGCUGUAACUGAACACUGGAACUAGAUUUACUCCUUUUUGUAGGCCGUUACUCGAAACAUUUGCGAAGAACUGACGACUCGUCCUCACACCAACGUUUCCCAUUUAGAAGACAGAGGUGGUGGUUGAGAGGCGUGAGGGGAGUGUGUGUGUCUGUGUGUGAGUGAAUGUGUGAAUAAUGGCUGAACAACAGAGACAGCGUUCGCUCUCAACAUCAGGAGAAUCACUGUACCAGGUCCUGGGAGUUGAUAAGAACACAGCACCAGAAGAUAUCAAAAAAUCCUACAGAAAACUAGCACUGAAAUUUCACCCAGAUAAGAAUCCUGACAACCCAGAGGCGGUCGAGAAGUUUAAAGAAAUAAACAACGCUCACGCCAUUUUGUCGGAUGCCACUAAACGCAACAUCUACGACAAAUACGGCUCUCUUGGCCUCUACGUGGCAGAACAGUUUGGAGAGGAGAAUGUGAACACAUACUUUGUAUUGUCCAGCUGGUGGGCCAAGGCCUUGUUUGUAUUCUGUGGUGUGGCCACUGGUUGUUACUUCUGCUGUUGUUUAUGCUGCUGUUGUAACUGCUGCUGUGGAAAAUGUAAACCUCAUCCUCCUCAUUCAGAUGAGCCUGAUUUCUAUGUGUCACCUGAAGACUUAGAGGCUCAGAUGCAGUCUGAUGAAAGAGAUGGCAGCAACCCCAUUGUGAUGCAGCCCUCCUCUGCUACAGAAACCACCCAGCUGACCGCAGACUCUCACCACUCCAGCUAUCGGACAGACGCCAGCUACUAAAGUAACCUCCCUCUGUCUUCCUCCCUCUAACACAUACGGGACCACCAUGCCAGAAGAGGGCACUGUGGAGAAUGAGUGUUGAGUGAUAGACCAGAUAAAUAGAUUGAGGUUUAGUUGAGCAGAUCAGAAAUUGGAAAACGUGAGAAAUGUUUUACUGUACAGGGAAAGUUUUUUUUAUUUGCCUUUUACCUCUGCCAUCCCCAAACAUACUGUUGCGUUAUAUAACAAACACACACACACUUCCAGUGUCAGUCUUCCUGCUGUGAUGUUUCAAGAAAAACGUAUGCUAGACAAGGCAGAUUUAGGAUAAUUCCCAACCUUAAAACUGGAAAUAACGUCUGGAUAAAGUGCUUAGUACCGUUAAAAGAGCGCCAUUCCAGACAUUAUUUCCAGAGGAUUAUUUAAAUAUCUUAAAUCUGAGUUGUCUGUAAGGCACCAUUAGUGUAAAUGUAUUCAUGUAUUAUCAUUAUUACAAGCUGAUCAGUGACUGGUAUUACAUAUACCUACAUGGGCAAUGAGAUUUGUUUUGAUAAAUCCAUUUAAUAUUAACAGCUUAUUACUCUGUUCCCACUGCAAAUGUAGAUCGCUUUUUAUAAAAUAUCUCAGUUUUUCGUUUACACUGUAAAAAUAAUUUUUUAAUUCAACUUAAAAACAUUAUCCUAUUUAUAAAAAACUUUUUUUUAGAUAACUAAUAUUUUUAAGUUGAAUUAACUUAUUUUACAGUGUAGAAUUUUUUAAUAUUUUUAAUAUGGUUUUAAGAUUUAGUUACCAUAAGAGAUAAUCUGGCAUUACUAGCAAACUCGAAAACUGUAACUUUGGGAUGGCACACA